CCCCAGGUGUCUGCAGCCUCUCGGAAUCCGCGGGGGAAGGAGGCUCCUUGGAGGUGGGCUUCCCUUCGCUUCCACUGUGCUUCCAGCUCCAUUCCCCGGAGUUCGCGUCCCCUCGCGUGUCCCGAGCGAUGGCGGAGCGGGACUUGGGGCUCACAGUCCUCAGUCUGGGACCCCGGGCGCUCCGCCUCCUGAUCCUUUCUCAGCUGGCUGCGGGGCGCUGGGAUCCUGCGGGCGCCGGGAGCCGAGCUGCCAGAGGAUUAGCUGAACCAUCCUGUGUUGCAAAGCACGAAGACAGUUUGUUCAAGGAUUUAUUUCAAGAUUACGAAAGAUGGGUUCGUCCUGUGGAGCACCUGAAUGACAAAAUAAAAAUCAAGUUUGGCCUUGCAAUAUCUCAGUUGGUGGACGUGGAUGAGAAGAAUCAGCUAAUGACAACAAAUGUCUGGUUGAAACAGGAAUGGAUAGAUGUAAAAUUAAGAUGGGACCCCGAAGACUAUGGUGGAAUAAAAGUGAUUCGUGUCCCUUCGGACUCUCUCUGGACCCCAGACAUUGUCUUGUUUGACAAUGCAGAUGGUCGCUUUGAAGGGGCCAGUACAAAAACGGUCGUCAGGUAUGACGGCACCGUCACCUGGACUCCACCUGCAAACUACAAAAGCUCCUGUACCAUCGAUGUCACGUUUUUCCCCUUUGAUCUUCAGAACUGUUCCAUGAAGUUUGGUUCCUGGACUUACGAUGGGACACAGGUCGAUAUAAUUUUAGAGGACCAAGAUGUAGACAAGAGGGAUUUUUUUGACAACGGGGAAUGGGAAAUCGUGAGCGCAACAGGCAGCAAAGGAAACAGAACCGACAGCUGCUGCUGGUAUCCUUACGUCACUUACUCAUUUGUGAUUAGACGCCUGCCUCUCUUCUACACUCUGUUCCUUAUUAUACCCUGUGUUGGGCUUUCAUUUUUAACCGUCCUUGUCUUCUAUCUCCCUUCGAAUGAAGGUGAAAAGCUUUGCCUCUGCACUUCAGUACUUGUCUCCUUGACUGUGUUUCUUCUGGUGAUUGAAGAGAUCAUCCCCUCAUCUUCCAAGGUCAUCCCUCUGAUCGGAGAAUACCUGGUGUUCACCAUGAUUUUUGUGACGCUGUCGAUCAUGGUGACCGUCUUUGCCAUCAACAUUCAUCACCGAUCAUCCUCGACACACAACACCAUGGCCCCAUGGGUCCGCAGGCUCUUCCUUCACAAGCUCCCCAAACUUCUGUGCAUGAGAAGCCAUGUAGACCGGUACUUCACUCAGAAAGAGGAGCCGGAGAGCAGCAGGGAGCCAACGCCCAGAAACACCCUGGAAGCGGCACUUGAUUCUAUUCGUUAUAUCACAAGGCACGUGGUGAAGGAGAAUGACAUCCGUGAGGUCUGUGACAUGCAGUGUAUUUACAGAGGUUCAUCUGCCUCGAUCUUAAGUGUGGCAGAUAGAGCAGGAAGCAUAGAUGGAGGGCCAGAAAUGCUGACAGUGGCUAUAAAAAUAGGGGAAGACCUACACAAGUUCCUUUUCUCCAUUUCCCAUUGCCUCUUAGGAUACCUUUAUCAUUUACUUCUGCCAUCAGGGUUUCUUGCUGGGGCUCUGUUCCUGCAUGACAGAUAUACCACUCCCAAGGCCUAUCUUCCUGGUGUUUUUUUUUUUUAAUUUAUUCCCUUUUGUUGCCCUUGUUUUUUUUAUUAGUUGUAGUUAUUGAUGUCAUCAUUGUUGGAUAGGACAGAGAAAUGGAGAGAGGAGGGGAAGACGGGGAGAGAAAGACAGACACCUGCAGACCUGCUUCACCACCUGUGAAGCGACUCCUCUGCAGGUGGGGAGCCGGGGGCUCCAACUGGGAUCCUUAGGCCGGUCCUUGUGCUUUGCACCACCUGUGCUUAGCGCCACCUGUGCUUAACCCGCUAUGCUACUGCCUGACUCCUUCCUGUUUUUAUACUAGAGGUGGGAUCUAGCAAUCUUUUUUUUUUCCUUUUUUUUUUUUUUUUUUUUUUUGCCUCCAAGGUUAUCACUGGGGCUCAGUGCCUGCAAUACAAAUCCACUGCUCCUUGGUUGUUUCCGUAGUGUAGUGGUUAUCACGUUUGCCUCACACAAAUCCACUGCUCCUGAAGGCUGUUUUUUCCCUUUUGUUGCCCUUGUUUAUCAUUGUUACUACUGUCAUUGCUGGAUAGGACAGAGAGAAAUUGAGAGAGAUGGGGAAAAUGGGGGGGAGAGACCUGUUUCACUGCUUGUGAAGCUUCCCCCCUUGCAGGUAGGGACUGGGGGUUUGAACCUCUUGAACCUAGCUCCUUGAGUACUGUAAUGUAUGCAUGCGCUCGACCAGGUGUGCCACAGCUCAGCUUUCAUUUUUCUCCUUUAUAGAAACUUUCAUUUUUGAUAGAGACAGAAAUUGAGAGGGAAGGGGGGAGUUAAGAGGGACAUCUGUGGCCCUGCUUCAUUGUGUGUGAAACUUCUACCCUGCAGGUGGGGGCAUUUGGGAUACAGUUAGUGACAACGUUGUGAUAUUGUAGGAAGACUGUUUGGUGUCUGG